GCAUGAGGGGACGCCUUCCAGCGCCCUGAGAGUGGCAAAGCCCUGCGUCGACUUCACUCCGCCCGCCCAGCCCGAAAGCCCCAGGUGGUGAGGGCGCGAGGGACUCCGGACAUGGGCUCCUCUGCGCGCCGCUGGGUGCUGCAGUCGCUGCUGCCGCCGCUCCUGUUAGGACGCCUGCUCUUCUGCUGCAGCCUCUUCUUCUCGGGACUGGCCGAAGAGUGGCCGGCUCCGUGCCGCUGCCUGGGGGACCGACUGGAUUGCAGCCGCCUCAGACUGAGAGAAGUGCCCCAGCUGCUCCCCAGCAGGACGGUGCAGCUUGAUCUAGGCCACAAUAGGUUUUCUUCAAUCAACUCCAGUUCUUUGAGUCAUCUUUAUAAUCUGCGAGAAAUAAAACUGAACAACAAUGAAUUGGAAGCUGUUCCAAAUCUGGGACCUAUUUCAGUAAACAUUACUUUCCUGUCUCUGACAAAUAACAAGAUCAUGAAAAUUCUGCCUGAGGAACUGAAGCUAUUUCAAUCCCUCGAAACUUUAGAUCUCAGCAACAACAAUAUUUCUGUGCUUGAGAUGGGGUCAUUUCCUCCAUUGGUGCUCAAGAACCUCCACAUUAACAACAAUCGAAUAAUUUCACUGGAACCAGGCAUUUUUGACAACUUGGCUAGUACUCUUCAAGUCUUGAGGCUGAACAGGAACCGCAUUUCAACCAUUCCACAGAAGAUGUUUAAACUCCCCCAUCUCCAACAUUUAGAGAUGAACCGCAACAGAAUUAGAAAAAUAGAUGGGCUUACUUUUCAAGGACUGCCUUCUUUGAAAUCAUUAAAAAUACAGAAAAAUGGGCUUGUUUGGCUCAUGGACGGAGCUUUCUGGGGAUUAAGUAACAUGGAAAUACUGCAGCUGGAUCAUAACAACCUAACAGAGAUUACCAAAGGCUGGCUUUAUGGCUUGUUAAUGUUACAGCAGCUUCAUCUUAGCCAAAAUGCUAUCAGCAGGAUCAGACCAGAUGCCUGGGAAUUUUGCCAAAAACUCAGUGAGCUGGAUUUAACUUACAAUAAUUUAGCAAGACUAGAAGAUUCAAGCUUUGUUGGUUUAAGCCUGCUGGUAAGGCUGGAUAUCGGGAACAACAAAGUGAGCUACAUUGCAGAUUGUGCCUUUCGGGGACUGUCCAGUUUACAAACUCUAGACCUUAAAAAUAAUGAAAUCUCAUGGACAAUUGAAGAUAUGAAUGGUGCUUUCUCUGGACUUGACAAACUUAGAUGGCUGCUACUCCAAGGGAACAGAAUUAGGUCAAUUACUAAGAAAGCAUUUUCUGGUCUGGAUGCACUUGAACACCUAGAUCUAAGUAAUAAUGCAAUCAUGUCAAUUCAAGGAAACACAUUUUCACAAAUGAAGAAUCUUAAAGAAUUAUAUAUAAACACAUCAAGCCUUUUGUGUGAUUGCCAGCUGAAAUGGCUACCUGAGUGGCUGGUAGACAAUAAAUUCCAGACUUUUGUAAAUGCCACAUGUGCCCAUCCUCAGGUGUUAAAAGGAAGAAAUGUUUUUGCUGUCAGCCUAGAAGAUUUUGUGUGUGAUGAUUUUCCAAAGCCACAGAUAACUGUCCAGCCUGAAACUCAGUCAGCAAUCAAAGGUUCCAAUUUGAGUUUUAUAUGUUCAGCAGCCAGCAGCAGUGAUUCCCCGAUGACUUUCGCAUGGAAAAAAGACAAUGAAUUAAUACGUGAUGCUGAAAUGGAGAAUUAUGCAUAUCUUAGGGCACAGGGUGGUGAAGUGAUGGAAUAUACCACCAUCCUUAGGCUGCGCAAUGUUGAAUUCAGUAAUGAAGGAAAAUACCAGUGUGUCAUAUCCAAUCACUUUGGCUCAUCAUAUUCUGUCAAAGCUAAACUUACAGUGAACAUGCUUCCAUCGUUUACCAAGAUCCCCAUGGAUCUUACAAUUCGUGCAGGGGCAACAGCACGGCUAGAAUGCGCUGCUGUUGGUCACCCCGUGCCCCAGAUUGCUUGGCAGAAAGAUGGCGGCACUGACUUCCCUGCAGCACGCAAGAGACGCAUGCAUGUGAUGCCUGAGGAUGAUGUGUUUUUUAUUGUGGAUGUCAAAAUUGAGGAUACAGGUGUUUACAGCUGCACAGCUCAGAAUACUGCAGGCAGUAUAUCUGCAAAUGCAACAUUAACAGUAUUAGAAACACCCUCAUUUUUGAGGCCGUUGCUGGAUCGAACCGUGAUGAAAGGUGAAACGGCAGUCUUGCAGUGUAUUGCUGGUGGCAGCCCAUCUCCUCGGCUGAAUUGGACCAAAGAUGAUGGCACUUUAGCGGUGACAGAGAGGCAUUUCUUUGCUGCAGGAAACCAGUUGCUUAUCAUUGUGGAUACAGACUUUGAAGAUGCUGGGAAAUACACAUGUGAAAUGUCUAACACGCUUGGAACCGAGAGAGGCAACAUUCGCCUGAGUGUGAUUCCCACUCCUACCUGUGAUUCUCCUCAGAAUGCUGCCCUGUCUCUAGAUGAUGAUGGAUGGGCCACUGUGGGUGUUGUGAUCAUAGCUGUGGUGUGCUGUGUGGUUGGCACUUCCCUUGUGUGGGUGGUCAUCAUAUACCACACAAGAAGGAGAAAUGAAGAUUGCAGUAUCACAAACACAGAUGAGACCAACUUGCCUGCAGAUAUUCCAAGCUAUCUGUCAUCCCAAGGAACUCUAGCUGAAAGGCAAGAUGGAUAUGGGUCAUCAGAGAAUGGAAGCCAGCAUCACUUUGUACAGUCAUCCCCAAUGGGUGGCUAUUUUUUUCAACAGAGAGAAAGCAACGGAAUUUGUCAUACAGAUAACUGCAGUGAAAAUGACCUGGAAGCUGUAACAGAUCCAUUUUUAUGCCAUUAUCUGGGAACUUCAGGAAGUCUAUAUUUAAAAGGAAAUAUAUGUGGCCCAGAUAUGUUUGAAGUAUAUCAUACAGGCAGCAAUUCAGAGCAAAGAACAGCAUGCAUGGACCUUUAUGAUUCAAGUUGCUUAAAGAAAAAAGACUGCUACCCAUAUACCCACUCACCUGAAGAUCCUUUUGACCGAUAUCUCAGUAUCUCCAGAAUACACAUGCCAAGUAGUAAAUUGAUUCCUUCUGUUUAUACCCCAAGUGAAGAGAAUGGAACAAGAAGUUCACAUCUAAAUGUAGACACAUGUGAAUUUAAAAGAAAUCAGGAUCUGUCUUCCAUUACACCAAGCACCACUUUCAUGGGAACAUUUGGAAAACCUAUAUGGAAACAUCAGCUUGAUUCUUUGCCAAGCUGUAAGCAGUCUUCUGUUUGGCAGCCAAAGGCCUCCCAACAUUCUCAUGAAUCAUUGGAUUUUGACUCUGAGUCUGAAGGUGGUAAUAAAAUGGGCAGGACGUUUCCUGAAGUGGACAAUAGCAAUUUUACUUGCAGGCAACCAGCUGAGAACCAUAGGACUCCUACUUUUCAGUCCUUUGACUUGGAUACAUAGCUUCCCAUCAGUGCUAGCCCAAAAUCAACUUAUGAACCAAAAAAAUGUACUACCUCAAAGUGGACAUUAUUUAAAAAGAAAAGAAACCUGAUAUUUUAAAAGAGAUUUAUGAUUUUUAUACAGAUGCAGCUUUAUUUGCAAAACAUUAUUUCAGGCAGAUUAUACAUUCCUUAUAUUUCUGAUAAGUGUAUAGUUUUGUUUAACCAAACAGUACCUUUUGUAAAUUAAUGGUGUGAAUAAUAACUAUGCAUUUGUUACUGAGACUGACUUCAUUUUAUUCAAAUGAGUGUUUUAAACUAAUACCAAUUCAUGUGCAUCUACAUGAGUUUAAGAAACUGUCCAAAGUUAUGGGCAGUUAACAGAUUCAUUUCUGACAUAACUUUUAUUAUGUUUUGUUGAUUUGUGCAUUAAAAAGCACUGGAAACAAGCACAUACAGCCAAGAUCAUAUUCAGAGAAAUAAGGAAGUUGAAUCUUUCCUGCUGGUUUCACCUGAACUGUGCUGCAUAACAUUGCCCAUGUCAUAAAACUGAAUGUUUUGGAUAUAUGCAAAAAUAUACUUGUAAAUUUCAUGUCCCCCAUAGACUUAAUUAUUUUUGCCCUAGGUGCUAUUUGUGAUUAUUUCCAGUUCUAGUUAAUAUGCAUGGUCAGUAUCAAAUCAAGUUAGUAGCAAUCCCUGCUUAUAAUGUAUCCAUUCCAGUAAUUUAAAUUGCAUUUCUAGAUUAUCUUUGAAUAGAUGAAAAUCUGGUAACAUUUAGCUAUGUUCUGGCCCUGCUUGUCCUAAGCCUGCCUACCUUUAGGAGUAAUAUAUCCUUGGUUUUUACAAACCAGUUAAAGACUGCAUUCAGUAUAUCUGAAUACUGACUUUGUAAGUUUGAUCAUUGACAAGAGAUAUAGGGAAAACAUCAAUUUGAGAUCUUGGACUGUCCACCUGAUAGCCUGGACUGUUGUGCCCAAUAAAAAAAGACUCCUGGGUUGGUCUAUG